AACUUGUGUAUACACAUUCAUAUAUCUACAAUGUCGGGUAGAGGCAAAGGCGUGCGGAGACGGACAGGAAAUGCCAUAGCGGGACGGGAACGAACAGUGGAAAAGGGGAUGAGAGCGGCGGUCAAUCCGGCACCGGCGGUGGAACCAAUGGCCAGACGGCGUAGAAGGGCUGCAGCGGAAACGGUGCCGGUACGAGAUCCGGCACCAACCCCGGUUCCUGGGCCAGAACCAGAGGCGGCAACCGCAGCAGCGCCACCUGCAAAGCCUCUACGCGCAGACGAGAGCGCCGGAAAUGAAGUUUGGAUUACUGGAGAUUCGAUCCCCUAUUGGGCCGGUCAGCGGGCGGAGUUGCAAGGGAUGCCGGACCUUAACCUCCCGGGUGGGACACGAGUGGUUUGGAUGGGCGUUUCCGGUAUGGGGUGGGCAGACGCCGUACACCACAUGCAGCUCCCCGCUCUAUUCCGGAUGCAACCGAAGGUACUUGUGGUCCACCUGGGGGUAAUGAUUUGAUCCGGCAUAACCUUCAGGUCUGUUUUAAACACAUUCAAGAUUCGAUUGAAUAUUUACAUCGGGCAUUUCCGGCGAGCAUUAUCGUCUGGGCAAACAUUUUGCCAACAUUUAAUUGGAGGGCUCCGGAAACAGAAAACAAGCAAAUUGACAAAAAACGGAAACGCGUAAAUUAAUUUGGCCAUAAAAUGAUGCGCGUUGUGGAAGGGCAUGAGUUAAAUAUUGACAUAUAUUUAAAAACACCUGGGUUUUUCAGAAAUGAUGGCGUUCAUUUGUCUGACGUUGGGCUCGCCAUGUACUUAGAUUCAGUGCGCGAGUGUCUAUUAAGCUUAGUCUAAAAUACGUCAUAGAAUUUGGGGGAAAAUAAAUAAAUUUAUUGUUGUGGC